UAUAUGAAUUCUUUGUGCCGAACGCGCCAAGAAUUGUUUACGCGCGAAAGCUGCAGGUGUAAGUCGCACAGGACCGAGAACGUUGUGCAUAAAGACUUUAAUCUUGUUGUUGACGGUACGCUACAAUUUGACAGAUGCCUACUGCCACUGCAACACUCCGGUUUGUGAAGCUAACGGAAAAUGCAUUUGCUCCUUCGAAAGAAUCUUCAACAGCAGCAGGAUAUGACCUGAAAAGUGCAUAUGAUAUAGUUAUCCCUCCACGUGGAAAAGAACUUGUAAAAACUGAUAUUAAGAUACAACUACCUAAAGGUUGCUAUGGGAGAAUAGCUCCACGCUCAGGUCUAGCUUUAAAACAUCACAUUGACGUCGGAGCUGGUGUUGUUGAUGAGGACUACAGAGGAAAUGUUGGCGUUGUUCUUUUUAAUCAUUCGGAUAAGCCCUUCAACGUUCAGCGUGGCGACAGAAUAGCACAGCUAAUAUGUGAACAGAUAUUCUAUCCGGAUCUGGAGGAAGUUCAGGAACUAGAAGAUACUGAUCGUGGCUCUGGUGGAUUUGGUUCAACAGGCACAAAAUGAAGUUCCAUUUCUGCAGUCAGUGCAUUAUCCUUACAUUAAGUGGUAAUUUUUCUGAUCUGUUUUGUCUACGUUGGAUUUGUUUAUUCAGUGCAGUAUUUUAUAGUUUUAAAUGCAUUUCUUGUUUGUGAUGUUUAAAAGUAGUGAAAAUAAGGAUUACCUGGACAAAUUUUUUUGUCUUUCUUUGAAGUUUUAAAUUAAAGAUGUGUUUGUAAAAUUUUUACUCAUGCAUCUGUGAUAAACAAGUACAAAAAAUUCAAUCUUUCCAUUUUAUUAACACAUUACUCAUUUUAUAGAACUGGAAAAAACUUUGAACUUAAUUUUCGACAACAUAACAGCUAUGGUUAUUAACUAUAUGUUGGGGUUACGUGGACUUCUGUUAAAUAAAUAAACUACAGCACACUACAUAUGAAAACAUGCUGUAACAUUAGCUAAUGAGUUCGAUGCGUGAAUGGGGAGAAAUCACGGCAGUAACAAAACUAGUGCACACUGACUUCAACAGAUAUCAUGUCAAGCCCACAUGCCCUGUGUUGGAUUGGAUAGUUUGACAAUUAUUUCACAUGGAGAAACAAUGGUGGUGUCUUCCUCUGCAGCUUCAAAUUUUGUAAUAGCAACUGCUAUUGUAUAUUCUAAAAUUUAACUUCACAGCAGCCAUCACAUUUUAAUGACUUCAACAACAUAAUUGCAACUACUUGUGGCAGUUUUUCCUCAUACUUUAAUUACGGCGAAGUCAGCUUUCUGUACUGAUUAAACAUUUUCUUCAGCAUCCUUUUACAGAUUAGUGACAGAGGAGUCAAUAUACUGAACAUAAGAGUCUUUAAGUUGCUUGCUUAUUUUCAAGUAUUUGGCAUUUGGUGGAAUACUUUACCUUGUGUAACUUGUGCUUCUUUAUUAAUGGCUUUGAUCUUGUCCUGCUGUUGCCUUUGUUGUUCAAGGGGUGUUCUGGUAAAAAAUCAGUUUUUCUAUUUUUUACUACUUGUCAUUGUUUCACCAAUCUUGGGACGUGGCCAAACUUGCACUAAUUUUGUAGGUUGAUCUUUUGACAUGUCAUUUGCAUGUAUGUUUGCUUCGUCUUCCUGUGAACAAACUGCUGUUUCUUACUGAACUGGUAGAGGUCUGUCUGUUACAUAACACAACAGUUCGGUAAAUAUAUUCUGAACAUAAUGGUUCAGUACGACUGACACUAGUCUUUAAAGAUGUUGAAAGAUCAUAAAUAUCAAAGGACACAGUACAUUUAAAAAGUGCAGCAUCAUGUAUGCUAACCCUCAUUGCAUUGGCUGAUGUUCGUGUGAAAUCACGAGCAUGCACUGUUAAAAGCCUUUAGAGGUCCAAAUACUGUCAAAUCUAAGAGCUACAUCUCAUGACUGCUGUGAGUAGGAAAAGCUAACAAAAGAAUGCCACUGCCUUAAACUUAAUUGAAGGUAUCAGUAUUGUGUGUCUCAUGGUUGUCCAGACUAAUUUUGGUGCAUGUUUCACAAAAUACUUUAAUACAGAUGCAUCGUUCAUCCCCUUGAAUUGGCUUCUCCUCCACUUCCCUAAAACAAAUAAAGGUUGCACUACUUUUCCUGUAGCUACCACAGAUUCAGUUGGGCACACACACACACACACGUACGUACGUGCAAAAUUACUGGGAAGACACUUGACUUACGUUUCUUGGUCAGUAUUAUAGACAGCACGUGAACUGUCGUCACUCUUGUCUCAUCAAGAUUGUAAACAUCUCAUGAGCCAAAUUAAAAAUCUUGCUUUUAUAUCUCACAAUUUAUCAUGGAAUACAGCCACUGUUCAAUAUUUGCUCUGUGUCAUUAGUGUCGGAUUAUGGCUCUUCCAAAAAGCAGUGAGCCAGUUUUCUCCUGCCAUUUUCAUAUUUUUCCAAUUUAAAUCUUCUGUUUGCUGUGAUUCAAAAGUAAGUUUUGGUCAGCUGUCAUGAAUGUUGAACCAUAUGCUCUUCAUCCAUACAAAAGGAAAAGAAAAAAACCUUGCAGGUGUUCAUUCUGAGGGUAAAAGUU